CGCCCCUGCAUCCUUCUUCUUUUCCUCCCUCCACCCGACCCAGCAACACCGCCGUCCAUCGCGCGCCAUCAUGCAUAUGCUGCAUCCCGCCGAACCCUUGCGGAUCGGACGCAUCCACGAGCUCCUCCAAAAGGCCAAAACGACCGCCGUAUCCACGGCCCAGUCGACCGCUCGGCUCUGGGGAUGGCUCGGUCAGCAAGCGACCGAGUCCACGAAGGCCGCCCCUGCAUCUGCGUCCUUCUGGGCCUCUGUCGCUGGCGAGGGCAGCAACAACAACAGCAACAACAACAGCAACAGCAGCAGUACUGGCCAACCCCAAGACUCGGAGGCCGUAUGGACCUACCUCGAAAGCCAUGACCUGCGUGGUCUGUUUCGCCAGCGGGGUUCCACUGCAUCGUCCGAGGCCGACGGCGGCAGUCCUUUGGCGAACGUCGCCGGGCACGAAUGGAUUCCCCUGUCUCGGACGACACAUCGAUCGACCUUUGAAGGCUCCUCCGUGUCAAAUGCCUUGGCAAGCAGCGCUGCCAGCGAUAUCGAUCAAGAAAGCCGCACCAGCAGCGAAGAUGGCGACGGCAACGACGAUGACGACUUUCGCGAUAGCACCAGGCUACUCGGCGAGCGACGAGGAUCAUCCCAACCCCAGCUGGGGGUGAUCAUGUCGUUCCUGUAUCUCUACAUCAGUCGGACGGACGACCUGCAUGGCUCCUCUGGAGUUGCCUGCUUCUGAUACCCUCGCAUUCUCCUCACAAGCACCUUGCAUUCUAGAGCAUCAUUGCUGUCCUCAAAAACAGACUCUUUCGUUUCGUUCUGAACAUGCUGCAGUCGUUUGAUCCAACGCUUUCACCACCAUCGAGACCCACUCCUCAUCACAUCAUUCCAUAUCAUGUCUCUCCUUACUGGAUUCUCUGUUGCUUGGUCUCUAGCACGAUCUCAUUGUCUACACAGAGAGCCUCUGACAACUCCCCAGUAUUAUACACAUAUCGCGCAGAG